UGAGUAACAAAGAGGGCGCCACUGCGAAAGCAGAUGACAUUUUGUAUGGAUGUUAAGAGAAAGUUGUGAAGGAAAUUAGGCUAAAGUCUUCUGCGUUAUAUGUUAAUAGACACUUCGAAUGAAAUCGUCUUACGGCGCCGCAGGAACCAAACGGGGUGUUUUUUGUCGCUAGGAAGACCCCUGUCAUAUCUUGAAAGUUGACGUGUUUAUUUCUCUUGGUGGCAGCAUUUCCUCGUUCGGGCCACUCAGCCCGGUGCGACAGCUGUGCAGAUCAUGUGAGCGUUUUGGACGUCGGCGCGUGGUUGGAUCGAUUUUCAUUCAAAGGAAUAUCCCUUCUACCGUUGAGAUGUUGCGCCUCUUCAAGAGAAAAUAGUAGCAUCUCCGGUUGUUGUGCAUUGUUUGAGGAAUCUUUGGCGAAGAGGAAAGCUUGGAGCCAUGUGACCGUUUUGGCGGUGCCAAGAUUUUGGAAUUCUUUUGUGAUUGUGGAUUGCUUGUAUAUUGUUGGAGUUGUGUUGAUGAAAUUUGAGAAAGGGGUUACGGACCAACUCGCACAAUGAAUUCAAAGGUCACAAAGACAGUUUGUUACUCAUUGUUUAGGAUUCUGUUACCAUUAACCCUUUUAGCAGCUGCGGUGGUGCGUUUCAAUGCCCUGUCGUUCCUGUACGCCGUGUUCCUGCUGAUCAUACCUCUACUCAGCUAUCCCAAUGUCAGCUCUAUCAAAGGUGCUACAGGAAACUACCUGAAAGUUCUCAUCGCCCUUGGAGUUAUUGCCGUUCUUACACAAUGUAUCUUCCAUAUUGUGUUGGUUGCCAUAGCAACAGAUGCAGAGCCCUAUGGUUCCAUGUUUCCAAACUGCUCUAUGAAUGAGAAGCUUGCCAGACUCAUAGCAGUUGAAAGAUUGGAUGAUGUACCUGUUGCUGAUGUUGUUCGGCUGGUGGUUCCAGACGCUGCUGUGUUCAUCGUCGCACUACUCGUCUUCAUCAUCUGUCAUGUUAUUCUCAAGAAAGAGGCAGCUCAGCAACUGGACCUUCCCACAACUCAAGUGGUUCGGGACACGCAGACGCAGAGUGAACUUUGUCAUCGCCUUCUUCGGAAGUUCUUGCUCAGUUUGUUAAUCGGUGCCAGCGGGAUUAUCUUGCCGUCUGUUUUGAACGCUGUCUACUUUUUGACCUUCCUGGUUGUGGGGACUGUGUGGGCGUGGUUCCGCGUCUUCUCCUUGUACACUGGACUUCACAUCCUUCUCCUUUAUCUCUACCAGUUUGAGUUCUUUCAGGACUCAUUACCACCCGAUGACCUCAUCGCCAGACUUCUGGGCCUGACUGGUAUAGUUUACAGUGACUGUGCAACAUCAUGGAUGAUCCAGUUUCAUGACGACAUCAAGUGGCCGUAUUAUGUCAACCCAGGGAUUCUCCUGCUUCUGUACUGGGUUCUGGCCUUCGAGACACGACACUACUUCCAUGGAACGGACGUUAAACACAUUGAGAGUACCGUGUCCCCUAGCCGCGUGAAGAAGGGGCGUGGCAAGAGACGGACUGGCACUGAGCGGGAGGUAGCAGGCGAACAGGAUGAGACCGGCAGUGUUAUGUUUUCGGGGUCGGCUUAUGGUGAACCAGACGACCUUGAUGAAAAGCUUCUUGUUGACGAUGCUGAAAAUACCGGCUACAGCACUAUCGAACCCAUCAACGCUGAUGGUACACCCAAAGCAUCGACGUCCCGGGAUGACGAGGAGACAGAUGAGGAGGUCGUGGCUGAUGCCCCGAGGAAGGAGAAGGAACAGAAGAGGACGGCAAUGGUGUCCAUGUUUGUCUAUGUCAUGAAGCAGAGCUAUGUCCUCACUCUCAUCGCCAUGAUGGCGUGGAGCAUCACCUUCCACAGUUGGUUGACGUUCGUACUCCUCCUGGCUGCCUGUAUCCUCUGGAUGAUCCCCAAGUCCCGCCGCGCCUGCCUCGUCAUGUCACCCGUCAUCGUCUUCUAUGCUGAGGCCCUCCUUGUCAUCCAGUUCAUCUAUGGCAUGAACCUACCCACGGAGCUGCCUGUCGAUGCGGGCCCCGUCACAUACAACGAGAUUGGUCUCAAGAGAUAUGAAAUCCCUUGCUUGUAUCUAGCCGCACAGGUGUUGUUCACGUUGUUCUUCUGGCUGACUCUGAGACAGUUCAUGAGGGAGAGGCAGACGACCCAGGAGCAGAACCCAGGGAUGCCUCUGGAACCCGUGGAUGGAUCAGCAACCAAGAAGAAGUCUUUCACGGACUUCCUGAAUCUUCCUCUAGAGACGGACAUGGUCGAUGGAUAUGAUAGCAAUUCCACCAAGAUGAUAGGUAACUACCUGAAGGUCCUACUGUGCAAGUACUGGAUCUUCGCUUGCGCCACCAUCAUGUUGGUCAUCGCUAUCCAGGACGUCGUCGUCUACCGCAUCAUCUACAUGUUCCUGUUCCUGCUCUUUGUUGUCGCCUUCCAGCUGUCAUUCACGGUGUGGCGAGGGGUGAUGUACAUCUUCUGGUGGGUGGUGACGGUCUACUCCAUGGCAGUCCUCAUCAUCAUCUACACCUACCAGUUCAAGCAGUUCCCUGCCUACUGGAGUAACAGCACUGGACUGUCCGAUCAGACACUGAAGGACCUUGGUUUGGAGCUGUAUGACACGGCUGGUCUGUUCAUCAAACUGCUGACGCCAACCAGUUUCCUGAUUGUCGUCAUCCUUCAAGUCCAUUACUUCCACAGUCCCUUCCUCAAGAUGUCUUCUCUGGACAGAUACAAACAUGAGGACCAGACGGACUCAACUCCGGCAGACUACACGACUGAUGAGGCAGGUGGCACCACAGACACGGAGUCUGAAAUCAGCAAGAAAUCCAGACAUUGGCGCCGACGAUUGACACUACUGUUCUACAGUCUGUGGAAUAAAGCCAGCAGUGUCUGGUGCUCUGUCUCAACAUUCCUCUGGAGGCUCACGGAGAUACACAUCUUUAAGCUCGUCGUAUUUAUCAUCAUGAUCGUUGCAGCCAAUGAGGUGUCAGCAAUCAGCGCGGUGUACAUCAUCCUGAUGGCGGCCAUUUUGCCCAUCUCUCGUAUCCACAUCGUGCUAUCCCAUGUGACCAUGAUCUGGACGUCUCUGGUGAUCCUAGCCAAAAUGAUGUACCAGUUAAAUAUUGUCAAGACCGAGUUCUGGAUCACUAGCUGCACUUUGGAUGAAAAUGGCACUUUUGUCCCCAAUAACGGCGUUGACUUUGGCAACACAAGCAUCGUUGUCAACAGCACUGGGAACGUCACCGAAGUGGACAAUGCAAUAUGGGUGGGGUUGGCAAAGAUUAGCACCCUCAAAGUGACCAUCGCCUACUAUAUCAGAAACUACUUGCUCAUCCUGAUUGUUGUCGCGUUCGAGAGCAUCACACGCUACCACCAGAUCCAGCACUACAACAAGCCCAACGUAGACCGCCCUCGGCCUGGCAUCAUCUUCCAGGACAUCAAGCGACCCGAAGCCGACAAGAACAUCUCCUCCUGUCUCAAAUACUUUGCCAAUUACCUCUUCUACAAGUUUGGUCUGGAAAUCUGUUACAUCAUGUCCGCAGUCACCAUCUGCAUCCGCGUGGAUGCCUACGCCGUCAUCUAUGCCAUCUUAAUGGGCAUAUUGCUGUUCAUGAGUCGGCGUAACAAUGCACGUGUCUGGCCCCUCUAUGUGAUCGUUCUCACAAUACUUCUUCCUGUACAGUUCAUGUCUUGUGUCGGAUUCCCGUUUGGACUUUGUAUCAACUACCCCUGGCACAUGACAUCUCAAAUCACUGAUUCUAACUUGGAGCAGUGGCUGUUCCUACCGGACUAUGUCAAGCCCCCGCAUGCCCUCAAACUUGUUGCGGACUUCUUUCAACUGUUGUUCGCAUGUCUCCAAUGGCGAGUGUUCAGUGUUGAGCGUGGCCCUGACAGCGAGGCUUACGGAGGAGGAGACAACCAGGACAUACUCCCUGAAGUGGAGGCCAACAUGGAGAUCCCUGUCCCCGACUUCACCACCUCGUCCAAAUCCUACCUGGAUGUUGUCAAGUAUGCAGUGUUUGAGUACAUGUUCUGGGUGACCCUGGCCAUCGUCUUCAUCACCGGUACAGCUCGUAUCAACCUGUUCAGUAUGGGAUAUGUCAUUGGGGUAUUCUGCUUCAUGUGGUAUGGCCAGGACUUGCUUAUCAAACCCCUGAGGAAGCUGCUGAAAAUGUGGGAUUUCUUAGUCGGUUACACAUUCUUUGUGCUGUUCUGCAAAGCUUGCCUACAGCUAGUAGGGUGUGUGUACAUUGACCGACUGGUGGUCAACGAGUGCUGGCUGAUUCAACUACUGGGUGUCAACUGUCUGUCCUCAACCAUCGACAUGCCUUCUGCUGGGACCUGUACUAUCGAGGAGGACAACACCGGCCUCACCUGGGACGUCAUCUGCUUCGUCUUCCUCCUGCUGCAGCGCCGCAUCUACAGCAGCCACUACUUCAGACAUGUUGUGUCGGAACUGGAGGCCCAGAACAGACUGGCAUCCAGAGGUGCAGAGCUCAUCAACAGAAUCAUGAUCCGAGAGGUGGCUCUCCAGAACGCCCAGGAAGCUGAAAUUCUCCAGAACAUCAAGAAGAAAAUGAAGAACCUGCAGGCAAAGCAGGCCAAGCUCAAGAAGAACUUCCGGGAACCACAGGACCAUUUUGAUGCUAUACGGUCAGGUGACUACUACCUGUUUGACGAUGACUCCGAGGACGAGGCGCCGGAUCAGGCUGACCCCAUCACCUUCGGACAGGACACGGAUGACACUGGCGCCAAGAUGGGACCGUUACAGAUGAUCUCAACAGCCAUGGACUCAGGGACUGAUGCUGCUGUACAGAAGGCCAAGGACCUCGAGGAAUCCCAAGGAGAGUUGGGUGAACGUUCUCCAACAAGCCCAACAGGUCCUAAGGCUGGCCCCAGCAGUGACGCGGAUGCUAAGACUGAAGGCGAGAGUGAAGAGGGGGCUCCAGAGAAAGCAUUUGGAAAGGCCAAGCGUCUGACUAUGUUCAUCCUGGCAUUCUUGGGCAGCAUUGCUGAUUGGCUGAUCAAUUUAUUCAACAAAAUUUCCAAGAACUACCGCCGUGUUGCUAGGCAACUGGAAAAGGAGAUGAUCCUGGAGAAGGAGAAGAUUCAAGCAGAGAAAAAGGAGUUGAUAAUGAAGGAGAAACGACCCAGCAAAGCAGAUGGACUCAAUGAAGUCCUUCGUUCGAGUCGGUUGGAGGUCUCCGCCAGGAGUUCCUCGCCCACUCGGGCGGAGGGCGGAGAGUCGAGGUGGGAUCGCCCGGCCUCGGCUAGAUCCCUCAGCCUUGGCGUCUGUCGAUCCGUUGCCUCUGGCCGGGUCGGGCGCCUCGGCUGCUCGGAGAGGGAGGUGCUCCCAGUCCCCUCUCCGGAGCUUGCGCUGGGCGUUGAGUAUUCCUGGUAUUCCGGUCCCUGCGCACACCCGCCCAUGAGGCGGAGGCACCAGUUCUGCCUGGCCUGCCUCCUGCGUCUGGGACGGGAGUCCCGCGCCGCGCCCGGCUGGCGCUGGCGUGGAGCAGUCGGUCUGUUCCUCCCUUCCUGUGGUGCCCAGCUAGGCAGUCCACGGGUGGGGUUUGGAAGUUCCGUCAGUCUCUCGGACUGGGAAGAGAGAGAGAAGGAGGAGGAGGAGUUUGAGAAGAGUCAGCCACGCGUGUACCGCCUACUGGUCGCCACGUACUACAUGCUGGUGUCUCGGUCAGAGCUGCUUUGUUACUUCCUGAUGAUCCUGAACCAGAUGAUCUACGCCUCGCUGCUUGCCCUGCCCCUGCCUCUCAUGGUGUUCCUGUGGGGGAUGUUGUCCGUGCCACGCCCAUCCAAGUCCUUCUGGAUCACCGUUAUUACCUAUGUUGAGGCUGUCGUGGUGGUGAAGUACCUGUUCCAGUUCAGCUUCUUCCCGUGGAAUGACGGCACGGUUCGUGAGAGUCCCUUCUGGCCGCCACGUAUCCUGGGUAUCGAGAAACAGUCCAACUACGCUGCAGCCGACCUUGCCCUCCUGCUAGCCCUCUUCAUACAUCGGUCACUUCUUAAGAGAUACGGACUAUGGAGGGACACUGAUGACAUCUCUGCUGACUUGGCAAAGGCUGGAGAGAAGGAGUUGUCUCCCCCUUGUUCUCCUGCCCCAGAGGGAGACAACACUACCCAUGCCAUGGAGUCUGCAGAGAUGGGAGAGUCUGGAGCCGCAUCUGAUGGUCAGCUGCAGUCUUCAUCAGAAGAGGAAGGCAAGAAAAAGCCCAGCAAGGUCAAAGCAGGGUUAAAGAAGUGUCUAGCUCCGUUCACGAACUUCUUCAAGCAGGUGACAGGAGCAACGUACAACGCCACUGUCGACGUCUAUGCCCCCAUGUUCUGCUGCGACUUCAUUACAUUCAUCAUCGUCGUGUUUGGGUAUUGGGCCUUCGGACCAUCUCAAACAGCCAGUGGUGACGUAACAAGCUACAUCUCUGAAAACAGGGUUCCUGUUCCGUUCUUGGUAAUGCUGAUCUGCCAGUUCGCUCUCAUCAUCAUCGACCGUGCUCUGUUCUUGAGGAAGAACGUCCUCGGCAAGUUCAUGUUCCAGAUCAUCUUGGUGAUCCUCAUCCACAUCUGGAUGUUCUUCGUGCUUCCGGCUGUCACUGAUAGGAGUUUCAACAAAAACAUCCCAGCUCUGCUAUGGUACUUUGUCAAGUGUAUCUACUUCGGGCUGUCUGCGUACCAGAUCAGGUGUGGCUACCCAACAAGAAUCCUUGGCAACUUCCUCACCAAGAAGUACAACUAUCUGAACCUGUUCCUCUUCAAGGGAUUCCUGGCUAUUCCGUUCCUGCUGGAGUUGAGGGCCCUGAUGGACUGGAUCUGGACGGACACCACUCUGGCCAUCGGCUCCUGGCUACAGAUGGAGGACAUCUACGCCAACAUCUUCGUCCUCAAGUGCUGGAGGAGAGCAGAGGCGACAUACCCGACCCCACGUGCCAUGAAGCGGAAGGCCCUCAUCAAGUAUGGCGUUGGCGGCCUGCUGCUUCUCGUCAUCAUCUUCAUCAUCUGGUUCCCGCUUGUACUCUUCUCCUUCGCGAACACUGUGUUCGAGCAGAACCCACCCUUCGAGUCCACCGUCACCAUUACCCUUGGAGGGUACCAGCCAAUCUUCAAGAUGACCGCACAGCAACAGAACAUUGAACAUCUGACUCCCACCCAGUUUAACAUCCUGCAGAGUCGCUACAGCAAAGACAGGAAUGCCAUGGGCUUCCUGUCCAACUACGAGGCCAUUGAUGUAACCAAGGUGACACUGGUAGGCAAGUCCACAUCCCUGUGGGGCAUCAGUCCCCCGAGUCAGGCUGACCUUGUCACAUCUCUGCAGAAUAAUAGAAACAUGAAGCUGGAGUUCUUCAUCAGCUUUGUCAGGGACCCGUCUGGAGGCCAGUCGGGCAGUAUCAGCAACGACUUCACCAUGUUGCUAGACGAUCCGACCAAGAAGCAGCUAAUAGGUAUCAUCAAUGGGACAUCCAAUUCUACAGUGAAUAUAUCUGGGGUUUUCCCGAGAUUUAUGCGCCUGGCCUUGGAGGGGCGACCAACAGGCAUCAAACCAUUGCUAUAUGGUGAUUUUGGUGUGGGCAUGAGCAACAUAUCAAUGGGUUUGUUCCGGGACUCUGACGCUGGUUCGUUGUCUGAGUACAUCCAGUGGUGGCAGAUAAAGGAGCUUAUCAAGGGGGAUGAUAUACUGGAAUAUGACCCUGCGAAAAAAGCCCAUGAAGUAGAUCAACUCACCAUUUUCACCUUCAAUGACAGGAAAGCGCCAGCAGGUUUCUCGGUUAUCACUGGAUAUGGUAUAAUGGGUCUGUAUGUGUCGUUCAUCCUGUUGAUCGGCCGUAUCCUGCGUCUGAGCACCACAGGCCUGUACCAGAGCAUCAUGUUCCUGCACUACCCGUACGUGGACCGGGUACUGCAACUGUGCCUUAACAUCUACCUGGUACGCGAGAUGAAGGAGUUUGUGCUGGAGGAGGAUCUGUUUGCCAAGCUGCUCUUCUUCUACCGCUCGCCCGAGACCGCCAUCAAGUGGACGCGCAAGCCCAACAAGAAAGACGAUUGUUCUCUUCCUUGCAGCAUCAUUGGUCUGUAUGUGUCAUUGGUGUUAGUCAUUGGCCGCUUUUUUAGAGUGACAUUUUUCACGGGGUCAUCGUACCGCAUCAUGUUCGAGGAGCUUCCGGAUGUGGACAAUGUCCUUCACCUAUGUCUCGACAUCUACAUGGUGAGAGAGAGUCGGGACUAUCUCCUCGAGGAGGAUCUCUUCUCUAAGCUUCUGUUCUUGUACCGCUCCCCGGAGACGCUCAUCAAGUGGACGAAGCGGAAGAUCAAGGAGGACUAAGGGUUGUGUAAUUCAUGGGUGUCAUCUCCACACUUGUUCAGGAAAAUGUUUUUAAAAUUUAAAAAAAAUAGUUUUCAGAUACAUAUACAUGUAGUUUGUUUGUUUUUAAAGGUGGUAGAAAUAAUGUGGAAUUUGUAGGGAUUCAGACUUCAGUUGUAAUUUAAUUUGAAUAAUGUUACAUAAAAUCACAAAAGACAAUUUGUGGAUUUAUUUAAUCUAUUGCUUCCCUUUUGACAUUAUUCUGGAUUUGAAGACAAACACUUGAAAUUAUGGUGUCAGUUAUGUGAUUGUUAACUGGGAGUUGCCAAGAUGAUUGUAUGAGAAUUAUUUUAAGUAUUCUAUAAUAGCUGAACAUUUAUGUGGAGAUAGACGCACAUGAUCUCAAUAUGGUGCUUGAGUGUAUUCUGUGGCAUUUCAUGGAGAAGUGUAAACUAAUGUUUAUAGAACCUUGGCUGGAACUCAAGGAAAAGGUUACAAGUCAGUCUGUUUAUACUGACACAAGAUGUAUACAACUUUUGAAAUAUUGUACAUUUGGGGACAAAAUUGGCAUGCUUACAGUUAAGGUCAAGUUAACAAGCUAUCUGUCACAGUCUCAUUCAAAUCUGAUCUUUCUGCUUGAUACACUACCUCUCUGCUUGAAGAUCUGAGGUUAAAUAUUGAAGAGGUUGAGAGGGAACUGAAAGUCUAUUUACAUCAUGAUACAUGGAUUUUUCAGCCAUGUUUACCACUUCAGUUUUGUAGUUUUGUUGUAGCAAAAGAAACAAUACAUAGCUAUACCCUUGGGGGUUUGGAGGAUGGGGUUAGCUUAGUGGUUGUAAUGUUUGCUCGUCACACACGGGUUCAGUUCCCCACGAGAGAUUGCCAUUUCUGGUGUUGUCUGUCGUGAUAUUGCUGGAAUAUUUCUAAAAUGGCAUAAAACUAACUUUAUUUUGGAUGUAGAUACUAUGGUGCUGAGAAAAGAUAGUACUGAUCCACUACAGCAGAGUUUUAUUUUUGGGCAUUUGCAUCUCUGUGAGUGUAGUCAUUGCCAAGAUACAGAAGUAAGGUAUGCUUGUCUUAAUGCUUUACUGACUCAUACUGAGAAUUUAGGAGCUGUGACCCUGGUACAAAAGUACAUCUUAUUCAAGCUCCAUUGAAGGUGUCUCAUAUCUUCAGGCAGACAGGUAUUGUAUAAAUAUGUAAACGAUCUGAUUUGAAUGAGAUUUUUAGCUAGAGUAGUGAUGUUGUGUACAUGCAUCUACAGUUUCAGUGGUAUAUAUCAUCCUCAUUUCAUAUUCUAGUCACAUAAUCAUCAUCAUCAACAACCUUUACAUACUGCACAUGUUGUGGAGCUUGUGCUGAAACUGUUGUUCAGUGGGAUUAAUUUCUACACUUCUCUCAGGGCUCAACUGUAUCACCCGUAUUUUCACAGAGGGGAGAACACGUUAUGUCUAAAUAUCUUUGCUUCCUCACAAAUCUUUGUAUAUUUAAACUGUAAUUUAGAGUUUCCAAUGUCUUAAGAAGGCUAUACAAAUCCUGAAUAGUUUACCUUGCUAUGCACAAACAGUGAAUGUGACAUUUAUGAAAUAUGUCAGUAUCGAUAUGUUCCAUUUUGGUUUUUAUUGGCAAAUGAUUGUGUAUGUGCUAUUUCUGUAUAUACAAUGAAUUUUAAAUUCUGUUGUAUGUAUCACUAAUUUUGAACUGUUUGAUGUUGGAAAUGUGUUUCCAUGGUGACAUGUAGAAUCAACAGGUCAGUAAGUUGAAAACAGUAUUUUGUGGCAGUUGAUUUUGACGUGUUGAGUUGCAUAUAGCUCCGUCGUGUGUUACCUAUAUACAUGUAUCCUUGUGUUACAGUCAGUUAUUAAUGCCAGUGCUACAUAUUUAUUCCACCCUAAGUGCUUCAUACAAUACAUAACACAAAGUGCAAAUUUGAUUUCCAACACAUUGGAUGAACACGGAUAUGAACAUCCUAAAUAUUCAUCCCAGUAAAGGAAUGAAGUAGUGAUUCAACUUAAAGCAAUAUUCAAACCCUUUAACAUUUUAUACCUAUAGCUUUGCACAGGCAAACAAUGCUAGCUGUCGACUUCAAUACUAUACCCCCAAUAACAAGCUAGAUAUAACAUAUUACUUGUAACACCUGAGCAUUUUCAAGCGUUAGGUGAUUAUAUAUAUCAUAUCAUUAUUAUAUUAAUAAUUAUCACCUCAGGGUAUGGAGAUCAAUGUGUACAUGCUUUGCUUUAAAAUUCAGUAGUAAUUAUGAAAACUAAUGUGCCAGAUUUUCAUAAGCUUACUUGAAAACACAUAACCCAGAAUGCAUCUGGUUAUGAAAGCUACCAGUAGUUGGUAGGGUUGUGCUUUGGUGUAAAGGAUUUUGUCACGUGUGCAUCUAUAUAUAUGUAUUUAAAGUCACAUUUGUAGAGAAGCAUGAUAUAAAUAGCUUAAUUUGUGAUACCAAUACUGAUAUGAUGAAGGAUACAAAUGUAUGGAUACAACUUCUUGUUUACAGCAUAUGGUGGCGUUUAAAUGAAGAUUCGGAAGUGCUUUAGUGUGAUAGCGGUCUAAGAAUCUACAUCGAAACAUCACUAUAUGCAAUAGACAAGAAGUUGUUGUCCUAAAGUUGUAUGCUUCGUUAUUUACUCUUCAAAUUGUAGAUGAUCAAACAAUUGAUGCUGCAUUGUUUUACAUUAGGGACAAAUGCCUUAUUUUCUAAACUAAGUGCUUUACUGUAUGGGGUAGAAUGGGUUGAGGCAGAGGUCACUGUUGAAUGUCAUUUAAGUAUUUCAUGUGUUGUUAAUUCUAAACAUGAUCAAAACCAUACUGUUAUAAUAAAACUAAUUUAGGGCAAAAUGAUCAAAAUUAAAUUAUUUUCUUUGAUUAAAAAAUAAAUAUUUUCCUUCUAUUCAAUGCAUUAGGGGAAGAGCCAGUCGUGCAUAGACUGUUCUGUUAAAGGUAUGGGCAUUGUAUCUGUCAAGUGCUUCCACACAGCCCGCCACUAUCAUGUUACAACUGUAAUUGUAUGUUAAUCUUUUAAUGAUGAAAAUGGUGAAAUCCAGAAUUAUGAGAAUAAUUGUAAAUCAAUUUGAGUUAGAUGAAUAUUUAUAUUUUUCAAGACUUUCUGGUUAAUGAUGAAUACGGCUCAUGUAUCUUAAUUAUGGUACAUUGGUUAUUGGUUCCAUGGAGCCAUGCAUGUGUUAUAUGGAUGAUUUCUAUGCCCUUGCUCAAACCAUGCUGAUAAAUAGACUAGUUUGAUGAAUGUGUGUCCGCUUUGAUUGUAGAGUCCCUUUGUGAAGCCGGCAGCAGUAGAGGUGGUUCAAGGGGAUUGUAGAAAUAAAGUGUUUGUAGCAAACGUC